AUGGCCGUUGCCCCACCAAAAGUCUACCCAGACAUUUACUCGUUCUUAGCACCAGAGAACUUCAAAGAUGUACACGCGGGAAAGCUUGUGCUCAUCACUGGAGCCGGAGGAGACAUUGCGCAGCAGAUCGCAAAACAUUUUGCCCUGGCAGGUGCUACUCUCGCGGUGACGGAUAUUUCGCUCGAGAAGCUGGACUCCACGGUUGAACUAUGCCGAGAACGAGGAGCAGAAGUGGCUCCGUUUGCGUGUGACAUAAGCAAAGAAAGCGGGGUGCAAGGAUUAAUCAAGGCCGUGCAGGGCCAGCUCGGAGAUAUCGAUAUCCUCGUCAAUGCUGCCGGUGUCUGCACUUCCAAACCCAUUUUCCUUGAUUCAUUCGCUUCCAUCUGGCGAGAGGUCGAGAUCAAUCUCGGAGGAGUGCUUCUUACGACGCUUAACGUCCUUCCCAGCAUGAAGGCUCGCGGCCGUGGCUGCAUCAUCAAUCUUGCGUCGCGUGCUGGGACCGUGACCGUGCCUUACCUUGCUGGCUACUCGAUUUCCAAGGCAGGCGUGAUCAAGGCAACUGAGAAUCUCCAGAAAGAUCUCGACGCGGACGGCCUGGGGGACAACAUCCAACUGUAUUGCUGUCAUCCAGGUGCCGUUUUGACCAGGUUAUCCAAACGUCCCAUGGAUCCGGUGGUCGUGGAGGCGUAUCCCCGGCUGGCAGCAGGCCGACCAAAAUGGCUCCAGAACUACCGAACGGCUGUAGAUCUGUGCGCGGCAGCCUGUGUUUUUGUGGCGACGGGGAGAGUGAAAGACGCCUUGAGGGGCAGAUACAUUGAUUGCGAGCAUGACUUGGAAGCGUUUCUUAGCCCUGAAGCUGCAAAGGAGAUCACGGAGAACGACCUGCACGUCCUCAAGGUGGACUUCUUAGGGGGCCUACCUAACGACGGAGGUACAUCUGCAGGUUCAUUCCGUCUGGAUAGUGAUUAA